UUUCGGUCUUCUGUGCCGGCUCUCGCCGUUCCGCGUGGCCUCCGUGCUCUCGGCAGGCGCGUCGGGAGCUCCGGCCUCUGGCACAGAACCUGUCAGGUGAAGGUGUAUUUUUGCUUUUUAUUUUGGCUAGAAGCAAAUUUAUUUUUAAAGGAAGUAUGUCUCCUCUGAAGAUACACGGUCCUAUCAGAAUUCGAAGUAUGCAAACUGGAAUUACAAAAUGGAAAGAAGGAUCCUUUGAGAUUGUGGAGAAAGAGAAUAAAAUCAGCCUAAUAGUUCACUACAACACUGGAGGAAUCCCAAGAACAUUUCAGCUAAGUCAUAACAUUAAAAAUGUGGUGCUGCGACCCAGUGGAGCAAAACAAAGUCGCCUGAUGUUAACUCUUCAAGAUAACAGCUUCUUGUCCAUUGACAAAGUACCAAGUAAGGAUGCAGAGGAGAUGAGGUUGUUUCUAGAUGCAGUUCAUCAAAACAGACUUCAUGCAGCCAUUAAACCUUCUCAGGGAUCUGGGAGUUUUGGAGCCAUCCUGGGUAGCAGAGCCUCACAGAAGGAGACGAUCAGACAACUUUCUUACUCAGAUACCCAGGUUUCUUCAAAAAGAGGAAGUUUUGAAGCUAGAGAUGAUAUUCCAUUUAGAAAAGUUCUUGGUAGUCCAAGUAGAGGAUCAGUUAAGGCUGUACCUGGUAGUGGAAUGGCUGUCCCUCGUUCAGUUCCUUCUUUGACAUCUACACCAUCUCCUCUUAGAGCAGGAUUAUUAGAAAACCGUACUGAGAAGAGAAAAAGAAUGCUAUCAUCUGGCUCAGAGCUGAAUGAAGAUUACCCUAAGGAAAAUGACUCCUCAUCGAACAACAAGGCUAUGGCAGAUCCCUCAAGAAAAUAUUUAACCAGCAGUAGAGAAAAGCAGUUGAGUUUGAAGCAGUCAGAAGAGAAUCGGUCACCAGGGCUUUUACCAUUGCAGUCAUCAUCAUUUUAUGGUAGCAGAGCUGGAUCCAAGGACAACACUGCUGCUGGUACUAACAUAGACAGGUCUAAUGUUUCAGGCCAAAGUCCUUCUGCCAAAAGAAGUUUGGGAUUUCUUCCUCAGCCUGCUCCUCUUUCUGUUAAAAAACUGAGGUCUAACCAGGACUAUACUGGCUGGAACAAGCCCAGGAUGCCGCUUUCUUCUCACCAGCAGCAGCAACUGCAAGGCUUCUCCAACUUGGGAAAUACCUGCUAUAUGAAUGCUAUUUUGCAGUCUUUAUUUUCACUCCAAUCAUUUGCAAAUGACUUGCUUAAGCAAGGUAUACCAUGGAAGAAAAUUCCACUCAAUGCGCUUCUCAGACGCUUUGCACACUUACUCAUUAAAAAAGAUAUCUGUAAUUCAGAAACCAAAAAGGAUUUACUUAAGAAGGUUAAAAACGCCAUUUCAACUACAGCGGAGAGGUUCUCUGGUUAUAUGCAAAAUGAUGCUCAUGAGUUUUUAAGUCAGUGCUUAGACCAGCUGAAGGAAGAUAUGGAAAAAUUAAAUAAAACAUGGAAGACUGAAUCUGUUCCUGGAGAAGAAAAUUCACCGGAUAUUACAGCUACCAGAGUUUACACAUGCCCUGUUAUUAAUAAUUUGGAAUUUGAGGUUCAGCACUCCAUUAUUUGUAAAGCAUGUGGAGAGAUUAUUCCCAAAAGAGAACAGUUUAAUGACCUUUCCAUUGACCUUCCUCGAAGGAAAAAGCCACUCCCUCCUCGUUCAAUUCAGGAUUCUCUUGACCUCUUCUUUAGGGCAGAAGAACUUGAGUAUUCUUGUGAGAAGUGUGGUGGGAAGUGUGCUCUUGUCAGGCACAAAUUUAACAGGCUUCCCAGAGUCCUCAUUCUUCAUUUGAAACGGUAUAGCUUCAAUGUGACACUCUCGCUUAACAACAAGAUCGGGCAGCAAGUCAUCAUUCCAAGAUAUCUAACUCUGUCAUCUCAUUGCACUGAAAACACAAAGCCACCUUUUGCUCUCAGUUGGAGUACACACAUGGCAAUUUCUAGACCACUGAAAGCCUCCCAAAUGGUGAAUUCCUGCAUCACCAGCCCUUCUUCUACACCUUCAAAGAAAUUUACCUUCAAAUCCAAGAGCUCUUUGCCUUUAUGCCUUGAUUCAGACAGUGAGGAUGAGCUAAAGCGCUCUGUGGCCUUCAGCCAAAGACUUUGUGAACUAUCAGGCAAUGAACAGCAACAGGAAGACCUGGAAAAAGACCCAAAAUUAUGCAGAAUAGAGCCUGGUAAGCCUGGAUUGGAAAAUACAGGAUUUGACAGGAUGAAUGAAGAAGAGCUAAUAGCAGCCGUCCUAGAGAUGAGUAAGAGAGAAGCUUCUCCAUCUCCAAAUCAUGAGGAUGAUGACAAGCCAACCAGCAGUCCAGAUACUGGGUUUGCAGAUGAUGACAUUCAAGAAAUGCCUGAAAAUCCAGACCCUGUGGAAACUGAAAAGCCCAAAACAAUCACAGAGCCAGAUCCUGCCAGUUUUGCUGAGAUAACUAAAGACUGUGAUGAGAAUAAAGAAAACAAAACUCCAGAGGGAUCUCAGGGAGAUGUUGAUUGGCUCCAGCAGUAUGACGUGGAGCGGGAACGGGAAGAACAAGAGCUUCAGCAGGCGCUGGCUCAGAGCCUGCAAGAGCAAGAGGCUUGGAAAGAGAAAGAAGAUGAUGACCUCAAAAGAGCCACUGAGCUAAGUCUUCAAGAGUUUAACAACUCUUUCGUGGACUCCUUGGGUUCUGAUGAGGACUCUGGAAAUGAGGAUGUUUUUGAUAUGGAGUACACAGAGGCUGAAGCUGAAGAAUUGAAAAGAAACGCUGAGACAGGAAAUCUUCCUCAUUCCUAUCGACUCAUCAGCGUUGUCAGUCACAUUGGCAGCACCUCUUCUUCAGGUCAUUACAUUAGUGAUGUGUAUGACAUUAAGAAACAGUCUUGGUUUACUUACAAUGACCUGGAGGUCUCAAAAAUCCAGGAGGCUGCUGUGCAGAGUAAUCGGGAUCGGAGCGGUUACAUCUUCUUUUAUAUGCACAAGGAGAUCUUUGAUGAGCUGCUGGAAACAGAAAAGAACUCCCAGGCACCCAGCAUGGACGUGGGGAAGACAACUCGGCAGGCCUUGUGAGGAGCCACACCUGGGCUGGCAGUGUGCGCUGCGGCUUCUCCUGCCACCCACCUCACCCCUCCUCUACUUGAUGCGGGAGCAACAAACAGCUCAGGGCCAAACCAAAAGACAAAAAUUGCAGUUAGAUGGACUGUUCCAUGCUAACUGUUUUAUGGAAAACUUGGUUUCACAUCUAUAACUGAUUAUCAUCUUUUUUUUUUCCUCCUACAAGAGUGGCACUUCCUUUUGUCUUGGAAAUUUGUGUUGUAAAUACAUAUGUGUAUACGUGUGUGUGUACAUGCACACACAGAAUGAAUGUAGCCUUAAAGAGGUAGAUGAUUCACCAGAGUUUGCCUGGUCAAAAUUAAUAGCACAGCAGUUUGGAGAAGAAAUGAGGUUGUCCAAGAGUCUGCCCACCUGGGAAAUGUGUGAGGAUGCACACAGCAGUUGAUUCUGCACUUUUGUGUUCUUUGAGCAACUUCACUCGAGUCUGUCACCUUUUGGAUGUGUGUCUGUCUAGUGUAGUUCACUGGAAAACCAGCUGUCCAUGGUUACACUAAUGACAGUUUAAGUUCAUGAAUUGGUAAUGCCUUUGCUGUUUACAUGCAGUCCCAUUGGAUUGUUGGUGCUUUGGAAUGCAUUAUGAUCUCACAUUUGGCGUUCAUGAUAUUUGGUUUCUUCUAGAAAGAUUCCUACAUUAUUUUGAUCAUGAAAAUAGAGUCUUUUCAUCUGUAUCAUUCUUUGAAGGAGCACACAUUAACCUAAAAGACAGUAAUCAAAAUUGCAAAACCUAGAAGAGUCGUAUUGCGCUAAUUAGCAUCCAGCAGCGGGUAUUCCUGGAGGCUUGGCCAACACUUGUUUUUCUAUCUCUCAGAGAGCAGUCAUGAAAAGUGAUCUUGUGUCAGAACUGAGACUCUGGACCACUAAAGCUAAAACCCCAUCAGCAUGAAAUUAAACACACCAGCUAUAGGAUGCAACUUGAUCAUUUAAUCAUUUGCUUUCUGACUUUACCCUUAAACAGAAUAAACAUUCAAAAAAGUGAUUGAUUAGGUAAUCCCAGGAACUAGCCAGUUGCACAGACGUGUAACAGUGACUCUGACCUUCCAGGUGCUGUGAUUUGAGGCCCAGUGGGUAUGCAGCAUCAGUACCACUUUCAUCACUGAACUGACAGAACUAGCAGAACUAGCUUGGUCAAGCAGCUUAGGAACCCUGUAAAGAACUGAGUUUGACUGGGACUUGAGUCCACAGAAUGGUUGUCUGAGCUCCAGUUUAUUAUCAUUAGGAUCAACAAGAGUUAACUAUAACAAAAGGAAACCUUCAUUAUUUCCUCUCAUGCUUUUCUGUAGAUGAGACAACAUUUCAGGUUUGAGGUAGAAAUUCAGCUACAUGAAAUUUUCUCGGGAGGACUUCUAAAACCCAUUCUCAUGGAGGGUGCAAUGUCAUAUUUGGGUAAUUACCUUCCAAGAAUUCCCACCUCACUCUUAAAAUUUGGAAGGGCUCUAACAGUUCCACCUCUACUAAAGUUGUCAUUGAAUUGUGAAGGGCCUCGGCAGUUGGGCCUAACUGCUGAUAAAUGCUUUGCCUCCACCAUCUCCCUGCAGAUGUUACAGUGAUAGGAAAUGCAGGUGCAGUAGAUCAGGGCAGUGGAAAAUACUAGCUUUUGAGAUUUUGCUUCAUUUCUUUCCCAUUUAAAUAUAUGUGCUUCAGAAGCCAGUCCUAGCAAUUUUAUUUCAUUUCUCCAGGAGUCUCGAAAAGAAUUGGUGCUUGAAAAGAAUUGGUUUUCUAAUCAAGAGGUGAAGUGGUUAGGAAAUGCCUUAGCUGAUUAUUACUUCUCUUCCCUGUCACCUUAGUGAAUUUUGAGAAGCACUGUUAAAAAUGGAAGUGCUUUAAUACUUUAAGGGCUGCACUAAGACAUAGAGAAAACUAGAAACGAUGCAUCCGCCUAGAUUGCCUUGGGAAGCAGCUUCAUUUGGAUUGCUCCUAUAGCUUGCACGUGUGUUGUUUAGAUGUGCACUCGACUCAAGCACCUGAUUCCAUGUGAUCUUCACAUCUUGGACAGGCCUUGCUAGUUGAGAACUGGUUAUUGGGUAGAAGAGCUCCCUUGUUGUUCAUAUACUGGCAGGCCUAAGACUUGGGACCUGUUUGAUCAUUGUGGCCUUGAUAGCCUUUUCAUUCUUUCUUCACUCUGUCAGCCUACCACUUUGACUUUUAAAACAGAUGCAGCUGGAUUUUGUUCAUGAGAUUUGUUGAUUUUUGAGCUGUAUAUAUUUAAAAAUGAUUUUAAAAAGAUAAUAUAUUAUUUUUUGCACAGUGUGAUCAGCUAGCCCAGCAUUGGAGGAAGGGGCAAUUAGCAUCCUGGGGUCAGGAAAGAAUAGAGUCCUUCCGUCCCAGGCAGUUUGCACACUUAGCUAAUUAACCUUCCUGUUGAAAAUACCAAAUGAAUGCUUACUUCAAGUGACACUAAAUUGGGACUUGAUAGCAAUAAGUUCUAAACACAGCUUUUGGCUAUUAAUGGUAUUUUUCUUAAAAAGUAAACUACAAUUCAAACUUGUUGGCAAGUUGCAUGUGGUUAGAUGCCAUUUUCCCUUUAGUAGCCAAUGAUUAUAAUUUAGAGGAAGGUACACAUACAUUUUGCCUGGACAGGAUGGCAGCAGCAAGAACUCCAUGGGUUGGUCUUGCUGUUUACUUGCUAGGGUCUCUUCAUUCCAGGCCUAAUUUAAAUGGCUUAAUAACAGUAUAACAAAUGUAAAUUGUUUACAUUUUGAGACACAGCAGCAUACUUACAGAGACAUUAACUCCAGAAGGCAAAUGCUAGACUAUCCGUUUCUUCCAGUUUGCUUUUUAUAGGGUAAAAUUCUUACAAAAGAUAAGCUUUAAGAUGUAAAACCUCAACAAAGUAAGCCGUGAGAUGAUUAUCCUUCCAUACUGCCAUUACUAUUAUAUGGAGCGCUGCAGAUACAAUUGUGUAGUGAAAGUUGUCUGGAAACACCAAACCAAAGAGAGAAGAUAGUUUUGUAAACUGAUUUGUGACCUACUGGAAAGGUUGUGUUAAAGCAACGACAGAUACUGUUCUACCCCUUCCCCUGUCCUCUGUCAACCACAGCAAAAAAGCAGAUACUAGUUAGGCAGCCGCUUAUUGGCUGCUUGGUUGGGGUGUUGGUUUGGAGGUCUAUUUUUUGUUCCCUGUUGAAUUUAAUUGACUCUCCAAUGUGGACUUCUGUUUUAAGUCUAGGAAACAGCUAACCUCCAACUACAAAAAGGAUGUACGUUUAUAUAGGGAGAUUAUUAGGAAAAUCGUCAACAACCCAGCAGACAUAGAUUGCAUGAAGGAGUUCUGACAAAACAGAGAAGUCCUUUUCCUUCCUAUUUUGCUUUACACUGUAAAUGUGUGCAGACAUAAGCAAAGGUUUCUGUUGUGUUGCCUCAGAAUUCUUAUUAUUCUGCCUCUUGGAAAACAAUCACUUAUGAGGCUUGACCAUUUUGUGACUGUUUUGCUGUGUCUUACUGCAGUCAUGAACACCCAAGGCAUGCUUUGGUUUCUGUACUUUGAGCAGUCCUUUGUUGGUUUAUUUAUACCUACUUAGUAACUCAUUUCCUUCCCAUAGGUGCUCUGUGUCUGAGGUUUUGAAUUUUUUAAUGAAAAUGUAACAGUAUGAAUAUAAGCAUUUGAUUUUAGUAGCAUACUUGUCUUAACUAAGUUCAAUUAUAGGUAUGUCCACUGACAAGAGAAUAUGGAGUGGAAUAAGGGUCUGGAUUAGGAUCUAAGUGUGUCACUUCGAAUGCCAGAGCCAAGAAGGGGUGUGUUUCAUAAUGAAUGGGCCCAUGCCAAGAGAGACCUCACAUUGGGUGUCUCCCAGUUUCCCUUCCUGGCUUCUCAGAAGUACCCUAACUUCAGUCUGGCCCACCCUCCGUGCUUUCUUUGUCCUUUGGGAGACGGACAGAAGUGAGUUUGCCUGAUUGAGCCAUGAGCAGGUUUGCUGGCAGCUUUGGUCACAUGAUUUAUGAGGUGAUCUUUUCUCUUUGUGUUCAGAGUGGACUUCUGAUUCCAGGUCUUUAUGUGGUUUUUGUAAGGAGCGGCACUUUAUCUGUGUUUUAGCAGAACUGUUCCUCUGUGUCCUUCACAGUUUUCCCUUGUUUUUGUUUCCUUUUUAAAUUAUGCAGAGUUUUUUUUGUGUGUGAAAUUAAAGCCUUUAUUAACCUU